AGCUCUUUCUCUUUCUCUCUCUCUCACUCCCUGUGCUUACUUAAAAAAAGGCACCUACAUUUGUCUCAAUGAUGAGCUCUGCGUCCGCAUACGGGCUGGACUUGCAAGCCAGGUCGUUAUGUCCACUGUACCAUUCUUCCCUAAAUUCACAGGAAUGCCACCGCUUUCUCAUUGGUACUGCAAGCGCAUCUACUGAAAACAAAAUACACCUUCUCGAGUAUCAAGACGACACUAAAUCGCUCGAGUGCGCCACGGUGUGGUCGCAUAAUGAGCCCAUUUCAGGUUUAUGGUGCUCUCCGUCGCUGGCGUCCGAAGGUCUCCUGGCGGUUUCAGGGGUCCAAAAGUUGGAAAUUCUCCGUCUUUCUGAGGACCUGGUGAAUGAACCCAAAUGUGUUCUGGCAUUGAAAAAAACUUACAACCGUGUCUUGUGGGACCUUGAUGGACUACAAAAUGAGUUCAAAGCAGUCCAGCAAAGCGUGAUUAGUACAAUCUCUCUCGACUCAUCGAAGCUAGGAAACGAGGUCGUUAACUUUACAGCAAAAAACGGACACAUACGCUGCGCUGCCUUGGCUCCUUAUGACCCUACGCUGUGCCUUCUCUCGUGCGACAAAGACGGCUUGCAGCUGGUUGACUUCCGAACGAAGAAGUCGUCGUCGUUUUCGAACAUUAAAAAUUGUCACGGUUUUGGCUACACAACUGCUCUGGAUUUCGACCGCGCCAAACCUGGUCAAUUCAUGUCUGCUGGCACAGACGGCUAUGUCUAUGUGCACGAUAUCCGUUAUAACACCUCGUGCUCAGUUGCUACCAUCCGUGCUCUGAAGGCACACGAACAUACAAUUCACGGGUGCUUGUUUAACCCUUUCCACGAUGAGUUGGUGCUGUCGUGCAGUUCUGAUGAAACUCUCAAGCUUUGGGAUAUGGAGCAAGACGGCGAAGCCAAAUGCCUCCGCCACCUGGCAGACUAUGGUGACAGUGUGGUAGCCCUUUGCUGGAGCAGCACUAGUCCCUGGGUUUUUGCAGGUUUAUCCUACAACGGAAAACUACUGGUCGACACUGUACCAAAUGAAAAGAAGAUGAGCAUUCUUCUUGACGAGAGAAAAUAA